UCCCGCCACCAGACCCCUCGCCGCCUGGCUGCCGACCAGCCGGUGCAUGCGGGCGGCUAUCUGCGGGCCCACCUGCACCCCAAGCGCUUCCCAGCAGCCUACCACGACAACUACAGCGGCAUGGACAACAGCAGCAGGGAUAGCAGCAACGUGGGUAGCAGCCACAUGAACAGUAAUGACAAGGGGGGUGCAAGGGAAGACGCAGCUAGCGGAGGAGUUGGAGAAGGAGGAGGAUGGGAGGCAGGAGGAGGAGGAGGAGGGCGCAGCGGCAGGAGCAGUUGGUGGUUGGGCCGGUUGUUGGCUGUACGGGAAGACCACGUGGUGGUUAGCAAGCCGCCUGGGGUGCAGGUUCCGCCUACGGUUGACAACGUGCGGGAGUCGCUGCUGGCUUGCGUGGAAGGGGCCCUGUCGCUGCCCCCCGGCUCGCUACUCCCCGCCCACCGACUUGACGCGGGCACGGAGGGGGUGGUGGUGCUGGCUCGCACACCCGCCUUCGCAGCGCACUUCAGGCAGAUCAUGGGCGAGAAGGCAAAGCACGCUGUUCGCAAGCGCUAUCGCUGCCUGGUGCCCCGCCCGCCGCCUGCGACACUGCUGGCCGGGCCGCAGCAGGAGGAGGACCCGCUUCAGCCGCAGCAGCACCAGCAGCUGCAGGCGCAGCCACCACCACAACAGCAACCGCAGCCGCAACAGGAGGGAGCGCAUAACACAGGCUGUGAAAGCAGCAGCAGCGGCAACAAUGACCCAUGCAAUGACCGCAACAACAGCGACACUUCUGGCAGCAGCAGCAGCAGCAGCACCCCUGCUGGCGCUAGCUGUGAGCCGGGUGAGCUGCUGUGGCGCGGUGAGUCCGCCCCGCUGGUUCACUGGGUGUUGGAGGACCAGCGGGCGGCGGGGGAGAUGGCGCAUACGGUGGUGGUGGGGGCGGAGCAGGCGGGAGCGCUGAGGUGUGAGUUGAGGCUGGAGCAGGUGGAGCGGGUGCGGUUGAGCCCCCCGGCGGCGGCGCUGUGGGGGGCGCGGGAGGCGUACGAGGUGACGGUGGACCUGGUGACGGGGCGGACGCACCAGGUGCGGGUGCAGCUGGCUGCGGAGGGGCUGCCGCUGCUGGGGGAUCACCUG